AUGCGUCCCAGGCAUUUAUUUUUCAUGAUUUUACUCAUUUCUCAGAUUAAAGAAAAGAUAAUAUUUGGAGUAGAGGGUCAAGAAUUGGUUUAUCCCAAAAAGCUUCCUCUGAUACAGAAGCGAGAUGUUUGGCAUACCCAUGAUUAUGACAUACAGGAAACUUAUGAAGAAGAAUUAUUGUAUGAAAUAAGUCUAAGUAGAAAAACCUUAAUACUUCACCUUUUAAGAUCAAGGGAGUUUCUAGGCUCAAAUUACAGUGAAACGUACUACUCCACGAAAGGGGAGGAGAUCACCAGACAUCCUCAGAUCAUGGAUCACUGUUUUUACCAAGGAUCCAUUAUACAUGAAUUCGAUUCCGCUGCCAGUAUCAGCACAUGUAAUGGCUUGAGGGGGUUCUUCAGGGUACAUGACCAAAGGUACCUCAUUGAACCAGUGAAAUAUUCAGAUAAGGGAGAACAUUUGGUGUUCAAAUAUAACCCGAAGAUGCAGAAUGCUGUCAAUUAUUCUUGUUCAGAGCUCAAUUUUACCAGAACGACUGCUCCAAACAAUAAUACUAAACCCAUGGAAGACUCCCAAAAGGAAAUCACCCAUAAAGAAAAGUAUGUUGAACUGUUCAUUGUUGCUGAUGGUACGGUGUAUCGAAGGAAUAAUUAUCCUCGCAGUAAAUUGAGGAGCCGAAUUUGGGGAAUGGUCAAUUUUGUCAACAUGAUUUAUAAAACUUUGGACAUUCAUGUUACAUUGGUUGGCCUUGAAAUGUGGUCAAAUGGAGAUAAAAUAGAAGUAGAUUCAAAUAUAGAAACUACUUUAUUGCAUUUUUCAGUCUGGCAAGAAACAAUCCUUAAAAAAAGGAGGAAUUUUGAUCAUGUUUUUUUACUCAGUGGGAAGUGGCUCUACACACAUGCACAAGGAACUUCUUAUCCAGAGGGGAUGUGCCUGCCCUUUUAUUCCUCCAGUGUCAUUAAGGAUCUUCUUCCUGACCUAAAUGUGGUUGCGAACAGAAUGGCACAUCAGCUGGGGCAUAACCUUGGGCUGCAGCAUGACAAUUACCCGUGUACCUGUACUUUGGGAAGAUGUGUAAUGGACAGUGAUGGGAGCAUUCCUGCACUGAAGUUCAGUAAAUGCAACAGAAUCCAGCACAUGCAAUUCCUAACAGAUUAUAAACCAACGUGUAUGUUCAAUGUUCCGUUUUCUGAUAAGUUAAGUGAUUCCCCACAUUGUGGAAACAAGAAGUUGGAUGAGGGAGAAGAAUGUGACUGUGGCCCCGUUCAGGUGGAUGACAGUGAACUUGAGUGCCAGUGUGAGGAAGGACAAGUACCUGUGGACUGGGAAGAAACCUUAAAUGUUACCAGUGUCUCCAUCCUGGUUGUUGUACUCGUCAUGGUUAUUAUUGGUUUGGGAGCUCUCGCAUUAUUAAUUCGUUCCCAAAAGUGUAUUAAACUGAAGCAAGCUCAGAGCCCACCUAGAGACACACUGGGAGUGGAGAAUAAAGGAUACUUUUUUGAUGAGCAGCAGACAAGAAUUGAGCCAAUCUUACCUAAUAUCCAUCCCCUACAUGUGUGCAGCAAUAAUGAAUGUGUGAAUAUUGAAAAGGUCUACAAUUCAACCAAUUGCUCCUCUCAGUGCAGUGAAAAUAUGAAAAAAGUAGGGUCUGUAUGUAGACCAGCAAAAGAUGAAUGUGAUUUUCCUGAAGUGUGUACUGGCCACUCUUCUGGGUGUCCCAAGGACCAAUUUCAAGCAAACGGAUUUCCUUGCAAGAACAAAAAAGGCUACUGUUUCAUGGGGAAAUGUCCCACCCGGGAUGACCAGUGCUCUGAAUUGUUUAAUGAUGAGGCAAAAGACAGUUCUGAUAUCUGCUACACGAUGAAUAAAAAAGGAAAUAGAUUUGGAUACUGCAAAAACAAGGACAACCGAUUAAUUCCCUGUGAAGAGAAAGAUGUCAAAUGUGGAAAAAUAUACUGCACUGGAGGGCAACACCCUUCUGUCUCUGGAGAAGAAAAGAUCUAUCACUUCAAGAAGACCCCAAAAUGGAAUGUCACCACUGAAUGCAAAACCUUUUUUUUAUACCACAAUUCUAAAGAUCUGGGUCUGGUUGCUCCUGGAACAAAAUGUGGAGAUGGGAUGCAAAGAACUGCGGAGUCGUUGGAGAGACUUCCAACCAGUUUUUCCAGCCCACACUACAUCACACUGAAACGUGCGAGUAGAGAUCUAAGAGGACUCACAGACCCCAAUCAAAGUGCCAAAAUGAGCUUGAACUUGGAUAUCCGUAAUGGCUGCGCAAGUCUAGGUGGAAGCUCUGGAUGA